CAAAGCAUUUCCUUUGAAAACAUCGUUCUCAUUUUUACCUGUUAAUUUAUUUUGUUUGUGAUAAUUCACACACACACACACACACCCACAUACAAUGUUCAUUAAAUCCAACAAAAAAAAAUAAUAAUAAAAAAGGAAUAUAAUAUCAAUAAUGUGAUUCCAAGAUAAAUGAAGAAGAAAAAGAAGAAGAAGAACAAUUUCAAAUGAAUAAUGGCAAUAACAACGAAUUGCGAGGAAACCAAUAUGGUACCGUUUCAUAAAGGUUUAUCCGAAUGGUGGAGCGAAGAAACGGAAUAUGUUUUUCAAAGAAUCGAAAGAUGGGCAGCUUUUGCCAGAGGAUACAAUCGAUUAAGAUCUGAAAGAUUAUCCAAGGGUCGUUUGACAAUGCACGAGGAACAUGACUCGAGAUGGAGUAUAUCAUCAAAUAAAUUAAUCAUCGAGGAGGAUCCAUCUUGGAAUCCAUCGUUUCAUAAACUUAAAAGAAGUCGUCGCAGAUCCCGCCAAGAAGAAGAAAUUAAAAUCAAUAAUUAUCCUGAAAGUGUACUCGGUUAUCGUUCUAAUGAUAAUUUGGAUAGUACUUGUUUAGAAACUUAUAGAUACGAUCAUAGUAUUUAUUUCAAGACUAUCGGUGAAAUUAGAAAUAAUAAGAAAAAUCUCACGGAAGUUAAUGACAAUGAUGAUGAUAAUGAUGAUGAUGAUGAUGAUUCCAAGGAAAAUGUGUCCUUCGAUUGUGAGGAUGAAGAAAUUGAAGUAGAAGUAAGUAAAGAAGCUGAAGAAGUUGAAGAAGUUGGAGAAAUUGAUGAUGAAGAUGAUCAAACGUUCGUUUACGAUUCAAUAGAUGAUCAAUUUUAUCUCGACAAUGAUGAUACAAGAGAUGACUUUGAAUCCAAUGAUAAUAAUGUUGGCGUAUGGCCGAUCGUGGAUUUGUCGAAACUCGAUUUAAAUUCGAAAAUGUCGGAAACAUCAGUUGAUCGUAAAAAGAAUGAAGUUGAAUGGAGGAUCGAGACGAAUAAUAAUUAUAUGAAAACAAGAAAGGAAAAUACUGAGGAUAGGAAGGAUUAUCAUAGUGGAAGGUUCAAUUAUGAAUCGAAGGAUGAAUUCAGAAAGGAUCAAGAUGGUACUAACAAAGGAAUUUUAACUUUAAAAAUGAUUAAACAUCGACCUUCGAGAAUGAUCAAAAGAUCUACCGUUUGCGGAGAUAAUAAUGUCAUUUGGCCAGGAAUACUUUUAAAUUAUACGAGAAAUGUUGAUAUUAAGUCAUCGGAAUCACCUCAUCAUCAUCAUCAUCAUCAUCAUUAUUAUUCUUCUAAUAAUUUCAAAUGAAUAUAUUUUAUCAUUUAAAUUUAUUUCUUUUGAUUUUGUUUUUUUUUUUCUACUUUAUUACUUUUCACUUCACAAUAUUUUUACUUAUAUUUAUUGAUUUAUAUUGAUACAUUUUAAUUAAGUUUUUCUUAAAGAGAUAUUUAUAAUUUCUUUUUGUGAAAAAAUAAUUUCAGAAUUAUGGAAAUUCGAAUAAAAAAUUGGAGAAACGAUUUAACAAUUAAAAGGGAUUAUUAUUUUCUUUGUUAUUAAUUUUAAAUGUAAAUUCCAUUUGUAAUAGAUAUUAUCGUGUAUUUGUAUUCUUUUUAUUAUUAUAAUUAUUUUCUCUCUAUGUAUACUCUUGUAAAACUUAAACUUCAGAGAAAUUUGUUCAAAUAAAAAUAUUUCCUUGUUGUUUGUUUCAUUCUUUAAACUCACAUAAAGUUCAUUAGAAUAUAAACUAGAAUAUUCCAAGACAAUUGUUCAGAGUAUUUGUUCAAUGUAAACUUCUAUAAAGGAAAAAUAUACGAGUGGUAU